GAGGUGGAGUGGGAAUUCCGGACGGCGAGAGCGGUGUUAAGAGGGGACCCGCUGCCGCCAAGACCAGUCAAUUCAUUGUUCCCAGCGUCCAACUCAGCCCCGUCUUUCUCUGCGCCAGCUCCAGAGCCUCCUCCAGCCGCCACCUCCGUCUGUCCGUCUCCCGCCGCUGGAGAGCCCCCAGAGCUCCCCGAGCCUGCUGCCGGAGCGCAGCCUUCCCCCGAGCCAGAGCUCCCCGAGUCCGCUGCCGGAGUGCAGCCCCCCGAGGCUGAGCUCCCUGAGUCCGCUGCCGGAGUGCAGCCCCCCGAGCCUGAGCUCCCCGAGUCCGCUGCCGGAGUGCAGCCCCCCGAGCCUCCUGAGUCUGCUCCGUCCGAGCCUCCUGAGUCUGCUCCGUCCGAGCUUCCUGAGUCUGCUCCGUCCGAGCUUCCUGAGUCUGCUCCGUCCGAGCUUCCUGAGUCUGCUCCGUCCGAGCUUCCUGAGUCUGCUCCGUUAAAUCCUCAGAAGCUCCUGAACGUCUUCAUACACGGCCGACAGAAAACACAGAGUGUGGAACCGCACACACAGAAUAUCCUGAGGCUUCCAGCCAACUGUGAUGGCUUCACUGAAAUUAGCUCAGUCCUCUGCGUGAGCGUGUUCGGGCCGCGGCGCGGGGAGCGCGGCGCGCUGAUAACUGAUGAGGUGGAGUUCACCGUGCUUUCUCUGGGCUCACUCGGUUCCGCUUUUAUUGAUGAGCUCAUUUGA